UCUAUAUAUGGAGUAGUGAUAAACACAACGCCUUGGUCGUCUCCUCCGCCAGCUUCCAACAAGCUAUCGGUCUGCUGCUCUGCCUACACCGCCGCGCCGAUAGGAUAGCUGAGCUGAAGAGCGGCAUUCUUGUUCGGCAGCUGAGCGUGGCAUGUCGAAGGCGCCGCGCGGCCCCAGGAAGCCGGCGACGAGAGGCCCUUGGUCGACGGAGGAGGACGCCAAGCUGACGAACCACAUCGCCAAGCAUGGCCUCGGCCGCUGGAGCGACAUCCCCAGGCUAGCAGGCAUUGAGAGGGGCGGGAAGAGCUGCCGGCUGAGGUGGUUAAACUACCUCCGGCCGGACCUGAAGCGGGCCGCGCUCUCCCAGGAAGAGGAAGAUCUCAUCAUCCAACUCCACUCCAUCAUAGGCAACAGCUGGACUCUGAUCGCGGCGUGCCUGCCGGGGCGGACGGACAACGGGGUCAAGAACUUCUGGAACGCCUCCAUCAAGCACAAGCUCCGCCGGCGUGGCAUCGACCCGGACACCCACGAGCCGGUGGUCGACGAGGGCAGCAGGAACGGCGACGCCCAGUACAUCCUGCCAUCCCACCUUGAGGCAGGUAGCAACGCGUGCAGCCAUGGAGCCCUGACGCUGCCGGACUCCAUCACUCGCUACGUGGACACGGACCCGCUGCAGCUCCAGCAUGGCGUUGUACUUGUACAGCCGGCGGUGUCGAGCUCCAGCACGGUGGGCUCUGACCCGUCCGGCUCCGGCUCCGACACCGGCGAGCAGUGGAACAACCUCGUAGACGGCAGUCAGCUGUUCGAUCUGACGGAGAGUAGCACUACUACUACUACCAAGUCGGGCACCACCAACCACGCCUGCUCCCAUCGCCGACUGGAAGCUGGUUGGAGCUGCUCCGCGAGUACCUUGAAUGGCUCGGUUUCGUAUUGGGUGUAGUAUACUUACUUAUAUCGGUUGGUGCUUUUUCGGGGGAAAAAAUAACGGCAGGUGCUUGAACUGAA